GGUUGGGUUUAUUACUAUUGCUAGUUAUGUCAUGCAUUAUCUACUGUGCACGGUAUAUUUAUUGACCCGUUUGUACCGUUGCACGUGUUUUACAUUCUUAAUUUUAGAAGAAUGUUCCAUUCAUUUGCUUCCCAUUGAUUGUGGCAUUAAACAUGCAGGCACCUACCUACAUAAUCAUGGAUGACACAUCGAAAUGACCACACAACGUGUAACUAUUGGUUAUCAAUGUCUAUUAACUGGAGGCUUCAAAAUCCAUUUCUAUUUAUGAAAUGCACAUUGUUGACUACUGUAAAAAUCCAUUUCGGCUUUGUCCUUCCCAUAUAGGAAGGAUCCGAGGUUGAUCGAAUAAUGAUGCUUCAGGAGCAAAAUGAGGAUCUGCACCACAGUUUGCUCCAGACUGCCGUGCGAAUGGAGUGCAUGGGGACUGAGUUUAAGAGCAGUCACCAGCUCCUUGAGUCAGAACUACAGAACACACGUGUGGAGCUGAGUAGCCUCCUGGACAAAUUCAAAAGACUGAGGGAUAACUACUCCUACACUCAACAGACCAAUAAUCUCUUGGAGCGGAAGCUUCAUUCAGUGGCUCAGAGUAUGGACGGGGAGCGUGAGCAUCUGAACCAGCGCAUCACAGCCCUGACAGAUCAGCUGUCCUCAGCCAAGACCACCAUCCACAGCAUGGAGACUAUUAACGUAACAUCCUUGCUACAGGAAGCCCUCGACAAACAUUUCCACCCAGAUGAUUCUGUCAAUCAAUUCCUUCUCCCUGUUGCCCCCCCUCCAGUCCAAUUCAUGGAUAGUCAUCAUUAUGGAAAGGUCACCACCAAAGGGGAAGACCUAUCGCUGGGAACAUUGCCAGAAGAGGAGGAAUCUGAUUGGUCGGAGAUGGGGGAUGAGGCUCCAAAAUGCGUUCUGAGGUCAGCGGGAGGUCAUCAUGGUGGCACAGCGUUUCAACCGUGGAGACAGGAGCGUAUUUGCUGGGCAGGACAGGGAGAGGGAGACACAGAGAGUGAGUCAGGGGGUGAGGAGAUUGUCAGACAACACCCUCCCCACUCCCUACAGAUCCCCCAUCUCCAUGUCACCAUUCACUCUGAGACCUUACCAGCCCCCAUGGAUGAUGUCACCCUCACCACCAGCUUCAAGAACUCAGCUUAUGGCCCAACAGAGGAGGACGGGUACAGGGUCACUGCGAGCCGCAAACUGGGCUCUCCCAUCCGCAUCCUGUCAGCCAGUCUGGAGGAGAUUCCCUCCUCUAGGAGACAGAAGCACAGGCAGGAGGAGCAGCAUGGCCAGCUGAAGGGCACAGAGGCCAUGAUGGACCUCCACCAACCAGAGGACGGUACCAUGGAUGACUCAGAAGAUGAGAUCAUCCGGAACUGGAGGACAAGGAGCGAGGACAUGGGUAUGGAUGUCAGGGAGGUAGAUCUUGGCAGCAGCUUGGACAACCUGCAGUCGGCCCAAAAUAUGCUCAACCACUUUAUCUGCCAGCUGCAGCCCAGUGUGGAGGAGGGGCGGGGCUGGACGGGAGGGGCGCCGGACGAAGUGCUGAAUGGGGAGAGAACACAGCUGUGACACCUGAUCUCUUCGCCGAGACACAGAUGUGGACAGGUGUCGACUGGGUUGGUGGUUACUGAAGUAAGCAUGAUUUGGAUAACAUUAUUCGUAUUUUGAACAUAAAGCAACAGAAUUGACCACUUGAAUAAUAAUACUUUUAAUUAUUCAAAUUUUCAUCUGAUUUAAAACGUUUUCAGGCCUAAAUAACAGGGCCCCAAAUAGUAUUCAUCAUUAAUAACAAGUAAGAUAAAGAAACUGUUUCAAACAUAGUGUUUUCCUCUUUUUGAAGAUAUUAAGUAAUUAACGCCUGCAAAGAGCUGUAAUGGCAAGCGGCCCAAGUUGGAGAUCCUCAGCUCCACAUUUUAAUAUUUGUGAUAUUUUUCUCGGUUCAUAAUCAAAGACAUGUCCUGAGGUCUUUUUUCCCCCCAGUAUGCAGGGAUUUGGCUUUGAUGUCCUCCAGAGGUAACAUCAAACAAAAAACAUGUGGCUUUGAUUUUCCCUGUUCCCUCACUCUGGGAAACCCUGUCCUAGGCUUCACUACUGUCUCAUCAUAGCAGAGCACAGCCGAAUCCCACCCUUGUCUCUGGAUUAUAUAAUAAUAGAUCCUUCCAGAACCUCUUGUGCAUAAUUCAUCAUAAUGGUUUGUGUUUUUCCCUCCGUGCCUGUUAGAUAAGAAGAGGAGUGUUGCAUAGAAUUGAGGUCCUUUAGGUAAAGUUGUAAGAUGUGUUGAUAGACUUUGUUUAUCCCUCAUAAAUUAAUCCACCUGUAGAUAUAGACAUAAUACCAGGUCUAAUCUGUACAGUGUAUAGUCAAAUAUUGAAUAACAUACCGUAUAAAGAGUGUCCGUUGGACCGUCACUGUGGAUGGGAAACAAUGUAUUUUAAGUCAGGUUUUUAAUUGAUGGAGAUCAAAUGAAAACAGAAACAUUUGAUACGGUUUUUAUGAUUUUUGCUGAUGGAUCUGUGUGGUCUGGUGUGAAUGGUUCCAACUGCUAGAUAGUUUCCUCCUUCCAUAUAUAUAUAUUUAUUCUUCUUGCAUGCAAACUAUGUUUUAUCUUGAAAAUAUUGAUGUUUAUGUACAUGCAAACUACAGUAUGUUCUAUAUUUUAAUAUUGAUGUUUGUGUACAUGCUGUAGUCUCCAUAUUGAUAGUAUGGCAAAAAACCACACGACAAAAUGUCAAUCUGAAUCACCAUUUCUCAUUGUGGUCACCAGAGGCAUGCAACAGUCAGUUUGAGAGAUGUAUGAUAUAAGCAAUGUUAUGCCACAUGAAAUGUCUGUUUUGUCCUGUGUAAGGGAUUUUCCUCUGGUAACCGCAGUAAUAAAAAAACACUGAGCGUACAAAACAUUAGGAACACCUUACUAAUAUUGAGUGUCAUCUCGUUUAGCCCUCAGAACAGCCUCAAUUCGUCAGGUCAUGGACUCUACAAGGUGUCGAAAGCGUUCCACAGGGAUGCUGGCCCAUGUUCACUCCAAUGUUUCAAAAUUCAAAAAGGCAGUCGCACAUCUGAGCAAUCUUUUUUGCAGGUGCGUGGUAUCAGUUGACUAAAAUGAGAAAAAAGAAGAAACCCGCACACUGCUCUUUAAUAAGCUCCACGUUUGAGCAGAUGGUCGAGAAAUAUC